CAUUGGAUAAAAUCAAGAUCCACACCCUAUUUUUAGUGUUCUUCUACAAUAUAGGAAAAGCUUCAACUGUGACACAUAAUAAAGGAGUUCCAAAGCUUUAUCUCUAAUGAUCUGAUCUCUCCCCCUCAUAUACCCUUUCACAACUUUAUUUUGAAACAUGUAAACGUAUAAACGGCAAAAAAAAAAAAAUCUCUCCCCGUCUAUUUGACUGUGAAAAGUAGUAUUUCUCAUUUUUCUCUAUCUCCAAACUCUCUCUGUUGUUCCCAUCUGCCGGAGGCCGGAGUGAGGGAGCAGCCGGCGAGGAGGGAGGCCGGCGUUGGCCAUCGGCGUGGACGACCUCGCCCAAGACGACGCCGACGCCGCCGCCGACGACGACGACUUUCCCGUGUGCGGAUUGGCCAAGGCGGUGGGGUUGGAGGGAGGGGAGGGGAGGGGGGUGACGCGCGCGGCCGGUGCGGUGCGGUGCGGCGCGGUGCUCCCCCCGCCAUCUCCGGUCGGAUCGGAUCGAAGCUUUGUGUUGAUUAGACUUGGAGGAGGAGGAGGAGGAGAGGGGGGAGGUUUUGGGUUUUUCUCCUUCCCUGGCAAUGGCAGCGGCUGCGGGGAUGGGUGGCAACGGCAAUGGCGCGGAUGACAAGGCACGUGAUGUCACGGAUCAGUCCAAGGCUCUUGGUGGGAACAGCUGCGAGGACCGCGCGCUCCCCUCUGCUGUGCGUGUCACUGUCAGUGGUGAUCCGGUGGGGACGUUUGGCUCUUUUGGGAACAUGGCCGAUUAUAAUGUUCACCUUCAUCAGCCUGAUGAAGGUGACGACCAUGGUGACAGCACGGAGUGCUCGAGCUCGUUCGGGCCCUCUUGCUCCGCGUCGUCCGAUGAUGAUGACGACGACACGAAGUCGGAGAUGGAUGGCAUGGAGGUGGAUUCGCCGUUUCUUGGUCCAACCCGUACCGGUGCGGAUCGCGCUAGCUCUGCACCAAGGAUGGUCAGACGGAGACAGGUGACAGCCGAGUGGAGAAAGAUUGUUGGGCCAAUAAUGUGGCGAUGCCAAUGGUUGGAGUUGCAUAUGAAGAAUCUCUUAUCACAGGUAGCAAAGUAUGACAGGGAACUUGCUAUUAUCAAUCAUGAAAAAGAUCUGCAGUUGGAGAUGGUUAAAGCAGAUGGUCCUAAAUCAGAACCGGGAAAACUAUAUCCCCAAAGUCAUGAGAGAAUUAUCAUGAAGAGAAGAAAAAGGAAAAGAGAUGAAGACACUGUAGAUACCUCAUUGUACUUGAAGAGGCACCCCGCACUGUCUUAUUAUGAAAACAAAAACAGUGGAGUUCAAACGGAUGGUCCCUUGGUUAAUGGUGGUUUUGACAGUUCAGUUGUUGAGGACAUCGAAAGCACUGAUGAUGCGUUAGUUGAGAAUGACAGGGUAUUUGAACAAUAUUCUUUAAGAGAGAUUCUUCUUACAGUUGAUGAUGUCCAGUCCCGAAUUCUUAGUCUUCAGGGUCGCCUCAGCAAUGCUCGCAGCAAAUACAAGAAGUUGUCACAAUGCUUAGACCGUAAACAGGUUAAGGUGCCUCAAAAGAUUCAGAAUCAGAUGACCUGUUGUAAGAAGGAUGGAAGACGUUCUCAUCAGAAAACAAAGUGUAUGCAUACUUUGCUUCAGAAGGAUGACUUAGAUAGAUCACUUGCUGUGGUUCCACCUGUAUUUGGUAGGUCCACUGACUGUGUGUUGGAAUGUAUGAAGAAAAAUGAUGCACAAGAAGAUGCAGUACAAUCAGAUCUAAAUGGAAUCACAAUUGAGAUGUUCUGUGGUAAAGAUAAUUUCCUAACCAAUGCCCAUGUAGGGGAGUUAUACAAAGAAAGCGCUGAUGAUGUCCUCAUAGAUAAUCAAGCAGCCAAAGAAGGUUAUCAGCUAUUUGAGAAGGUCAAGCCAGAGGAGCAUUCAGAGCUGGUUAUGCCUCCUUCCAAAGUACAAAAAGCAAGUGCAGACAUAGUGGACUAUGAACAAGUUCAAGAAACAGCUCCAGUUGCCAAGCAAAUCAUCUCUGGAGACAAGCGUGGACAGAAACCAAAUAAGAAACAUGGGCUUCCUGUGCUUGCGAAGAAAAUUAAAACUGAGAAAGAUCCCGGCAAUAUGAAGAAUGAAAAGACUGUUUUGGUGGCUGUGGAUCCCCGGAGGAGUACACGAGUUCGAAAACCCAAAACUUAUUGAAGCUAUUGGUUUCCAGCCGUCCUGGUAUCUGGUUGCUACUUAACCAGUGGAUUUUUGUCGUGCUGUCCGAAUAUGUAGCUACAUUGAGCCAGAUGUUAUAUAGUUUGUUAUGUAAGUAAUCAUAGCAAUAGGAAGGUGAAAUGUGAAGUGGCAUGUCUCGCUCAGGGAUCAAGAACCCUUUAUUUCUUAUUGGAGGUUACAGAUAGCAGCAAUAGUUGCCUUAUGAGUCAA